AUUCAUUCCACCGACCACCGACACCCCGCCCUCACCGACAAUGGACGCCGCAGAGGACGAAAAGAAACCCUUCGACGCCGAGGUUGCAGCGGCAGAAGAAGCGCUUCCUGAUCCGGACGAGCACCUCAUGUUGGACCAAGGCUCGGGCAAAGCAUGGCUAGUCAAGGUUCCCAAAUUCCUGAUGGAACGGUGGGCAGCGGUAGACGAAGACGACAAGCACCUCGCCACAAUACGAAUUUACAACGCAAAGCCCAACGACCCUCAGCAGAAACCCCGAAUCAUCCUCUUCCUCCCUCCCAACCGCGAUCCAAUCAACGCUCCUCAGUCAUCCCAAUCUCAAUCCCAAAUGCCCACACCACCAGGCAGCCAAACCCUAACCCCGCCCCCCUCCCAGCCUCCAAAGCCCGUCGGACCCUCCCUCGCCCACCCGCAAGUCCUCGACUGGCCCGCUUUCGAUUUCGGCAACACCAUCCCGACAACGGGUAGUGAACCCGACAUCUACGAGCUCGAAAUGGUCAACGAGAACGUCGAGAACCAGAUCAUCGUCGCCGAGCGGCCCAAGGACCCAGGGUUCAUCCCGCCCGGCGCUGCACCCGCCAACUCGCGCGCACGGACGACGAUCCUGACGGGGCGGAUUAAGCAUGAGUGUAAUUUGCGGCCGUCGUUUAGUGCGACAUAUAGGAAGCAGAUGAGGGAGAGGCAUAGGAAGUAUAAUACCCCGACGAGGCAGGUCAUGAGGAUCGAGGAUGCGGGUGUGUCGGGUGGACGGGGUGGCAUUAAUAGGCUUAGCAGUGGUGUUGGUGUUGGCGCUGGAGGGGCAUUCUCGGAUCUCGUCAGGACAAAACCCAAACCCACCAAAGGCACGUUCGAGCGUAUGGCGCGUAUGCCCCGCAACCAGCUGUUGGACAACCUCUUUUCGCUGUUCAGAGAGCAGCAGCGGUGGUCUAUUAAACCUCUUCGCGAACGCACGCAGCAGCCUGAAGUCUACCUCAAAGAAGUCUUGUCGGAUAUCGCGUUCUUGCAUAGGAGUGGUGAACAUAAUGGGUUGUGGGAGUUGAAGGCCAACUUUAAGGAUGACCUUUCGACGAUUAAGCCGGAGGACGUGCCUGGACCAAGUGGAUCUGGUGCGGGAGAUGUCAAGAUGGAGGAUAUGGACGAUGAUGACGAGGAAGAGGAGGACGAUGACAUGGAGGAGGUCUCAUGA